UUCUCAAAAUUUGUGGUUGAAGACGGAAAUCUGAAAAUAAGUUCGACUUGACAUAGUUGGAAAAGCGAUUUGGUGGGUGGAGCUCGCUUAGGGUACCUGUAGUUAAUUAGGCCACUAAAGAUUUCUGCUGGGAAAUCUUCGGGAGAAUGACCUUUUUCGGAUAUUUGGUUAAUCCGCAACUUAGAUGUGCUUUAUGGCCCGUGCACUUAAACCUUAAUACAGUGUAUCAAGUCAUAUUAUAUCUCUCACACUGUCCUUUCACCUCAUCAACUCAACUCAAACGUACUUAGUCACUUGUGAAACCUUUCAAGAAUAGCAGGUAUUACUACCUAUUGCUAUCAUACAUCCAACUCGAGUGUGGUCCCUCAUGAUGAAUUCAAAGAAGAGAGGUCGUGUAAAGAGCCUGACCGCCGGCCGGCCUCCAACAGCCAGAAAACCGAAGUCGAUAUCAAGGAAGGCCACCAAGACCUUGAUCAAUGCUCUCCACCUCCUAGAGAAGAAAAAGGCACAGGCUAUCGCUAGAGGAGAUCAAGUCGCUCAAACUACAAUUGAUUCUGAGAUUGCUGCAUUGGGAGGGAUCGAAAAGUAUCAGCAAGCUAGCCUGCAAGGACAGCGCAUCGACCGAGGAGGAGAUAGCUCCCGUGUCCUUAUGGAAUGGCUCAAGUCAACCGGGUUUAAUCUACUCCCUUCUAAAGGGAGUGGCUUGAGAAUGCUUGAGGUUGGAGCGUUGAGCACUACGAAUGAAUGUUCAAGUAGCGGGUUCUUUAACGUGGAGAGGAUAGACUUGAACAGUCAAAGUGACGGUAUUAUACAGCAAGACUUCAUGAAGAGACCACUACCUAAAGAUGACUCUGAACGGUUCGAUAUCAUCAGUCUCUCACUUGUCCUAAAUUUCGUGCCUGAUUCGGUCGGACGCGGCGCCAUGCUUCUCAGGACUCUGGAUUUUCUGAAGCAGUCUAUCGAUCACUACUCGUCUGAACUACGUGGUCUCUUUCCGAGCUUGUUCAUGGUCCUCCCUGCGCCAUGUGUUACCAAUUCGAGGUACAUGGAUGAAUCUCAUCUAGAGUCCAUUAUGAAAGCACUAGGAUACGUAAAAGCUCAAAACAAGAUCACCCAGAAACUUGUAUACUACCUCUGGGUGAGAGAGACUGUCAUCCAACUGCCCCUUAGGACUUUCAAGAAAGCGGAACUUCGAUCUGGCCCUACUAGGAAUAACUUUGCUGUCGUGCUUCGUGGCUCAUCGGAGUGAUAGCAGAGUGACCAACCAGUUUUUAAACACACCGUUCGACAUAUCGGCGAUGUAGUGUGCGAAUUCCUCAUAAAUCCUAACGGAUUGGCAUCCUUUGUGAUGGUGGGUAUCAUCACUGCACCGAAUCAAUAAUAGUGCCGCCGUUUAUUCCAUUAAUGGGGUUACAGCGUGUGCACACCAACACCAAUGGCAAGUUCUACUACCUUUUAUCACAUAUUGGUUUCCUAAUUCUCUUAAUGCAUAACUAGCGAGGCACAUUUUCUUGAUAGCUCGUUUCGGUCAAGAUCGAAAGCCCGCAACCAACGACGUCUCAUGUUCAUGGUCAGACGACGUAUCCCUUCAUUGGGCAGAAAUUUCGGUGGCUUUUUGGAGGAUUCUAGGCCAACCUC